AUGGGCCGCGGUCAGAGCCAUCGGAAGAAGGCCAGGGCAAUGCAGCAGCCAAUGACGAUGAUGAAUCCGAUGUUCAUGAACCCGGCAAUGAUGAUGGGCAUGGGCAUGCCGGGCAUGCAACCAUGGGGAAUGAACCCCAUGGGAAUGAUGCAAGGAGGGAUGCAUCCACCUCGUGGUCGUGAUGAGGGUUCAGAUGAUGGUGACCUUACCUCGGAAUCCGAUGGUGGUCAGCCCGCAGCUUCAGCAGCAAAGGCUUCCGCUGCAAGAGUGCCGUCCUUGGACACUGAGGAUGCAGCCAAUGAAGCUCUGAUGAACUUGAUGCACAGCAGGGCGCAGCUCUUUUCAUCGAAAGAUGAGGGCGACAAGAUCACCCGGAGCGCAGUGCAGAAUGCUGUGACAGCGAUGAAGGCGGAACCGAUGUUGUCAGAUGGAUUCAUCAACGCCCUGUCUGAAGCUCAAGGCUAUCAGGAGGUGUGGAUGGUUGAGCAUGAGCCCAAAGCCCGUGGACGGGGUGCGAAGGCCGUGGCCGCAGAGCGGGCAAGAGAAGUUGAGACCAACCGCAGCCUACCAGAGAUGAUGAGGGGUGCUCAGUUCUCCGUGGCUCCGGUUUCAGCUCUGUCGCUGCAAGGACCACCUCCACAUCGCUCGACCGUGAAUCAGGAAGCGCCUGCUCGCCCUCCAAUGGCUGUGCCUGUCCGACCUCCUGUCGCUCCCAAUGUUGACCAGAUGCUUGUGGAAUUGGCAGCUCACCCCAAAGCCAAGGCGGCGGCCCGUCCCAUGUUGCCUCCUCCACCUGUUCUUCUCAAUGGUCGUGAGCUGGAGUCUCUGCAGGUGAUGGCAAAUGAUGCUGCAGCUGAAGACCAAGACUUAGACCACGACUUAGACCAAGCCUUAGACCAGCUGGAGCAGACGGAUGAGGCCGAGCCUGCAAAUGGUGCAGAGGCGCAGCGUGAGCCUACAAAUGGGCGUCAGGAAGAGGAGGACAUCAACAUUUGCAUCAUCUGCCGCCAAGCUCUGACCGCCCCGGAUCCGGAGUUGGGUGGGCCCCAAAUGUUGCAUUGCGGGCAUACGUUUCAUGCAGCGUGCCUUGCCCAGACAUGGCGCAUCGGUAACCAUGCGCAAGGAUGGUGUCCCUUCAAGUGCAACGUGCGAGCUAUGGCGCUGCAAGCGCACCAAGCUGGCUCAAAUCCGCCUCAAUUGGUCUCAAAACAAGCCACCAUGGACGCGCUCAACCAGAAAGUGAAGAGCAUCCAACAGCGGGAGCAAGAGAUUGAGAGACGAUUUGAGGAAACAAGCAAGUUGGUAGAUCGAUCCACCUUGGGCGCGGUGGCGGACUUCCCGGUGAACGACGAGGGUCAGAUCUAUGUGGCUGGCGCUGAGGCUGAGAUGGAGCAGUUGCAGCAAGAGUUGAACCAUUUCUACACCAUAGACGACCAGUGUGGUGGAAGAUCGCAAAGGGUGUGGGCUCACUACUUGAGUGUGGCCUUUCCAUGGAUGGCAGGAUGGUGUAUUAACAGCAUGCUCCUGGCCCUGCUAAUGCGAGCCGUGCAUCAUAGGCGUUGUGGCCACUGUUGGCUACAAUACAUCGAAUUCUUUUGUGGCCAGGGGAACUUGUCGAAGCAGGCCUUGCGCAAAGGCUGGCAGGGAGUCAGCCUGGACCAGGAGGUGAACCAGAGUCACGACUUGUUGGAGCCUCACGGCCUCGAGUUGUGGCGGAAGACUCGCUUGCUAGGAGAGGUGAAGAUGGGCGCUAUUCAGGAUGCAAAGAACGGCUUGUGGAAAGCCAAGUCUAUUCACCAAUGUUUGGACAAGCAAUCGUUGAAGCGAUCCAAGAGGAGUGGUUUGGCGUAUGAGGCUGUGUUGUUGUGCAUGGAGAAGUUUGAGGCCUUGAGAGAGGCUUGCCAAAAGAUUUGCAACCUCCUGGGCGACCGUUUGAUCAUCCAACCACUCAAGAAUUUGUGGUGUGAUUUGACGACCCUUCGUGUGCUGGUCAACCUCUCUUGUGGUGGAGGCAGCCUGCUGGAUGAAGGCAAUCCGCUGGCAUGGAGUGAGAUACCCGCGCACUUGGUCCAAUGUCCUGAGAGCAUACCGCUUCCAACAAAGCAGCUGCAGCUGAAAGCAUUGUGGAGACAACGCUGGACGCAGAUUGUGUCACGCAUUUUAACCUUGCUGCAGACGCUUCGACGCAUGCAGGAGGAGAAGAAACGUGCAUUGGAAAUCAUGAUGGCCCGUGAAACUCCUGAAUCUGUGCCUGCCUUCAUGGAGAAUUGGGAGGCCAUCAAAAAAGAAUUGCGGUAUUUUGCAAGAGUUCACAAGCUACCUGCAGAGUGGUCAAAUGUGAUGUCCAGGAAGAAUUGGGCGACUUUGAGUGAAGAAGCCAUUCACAAAGGUAUUGCAGCGCUGAACUUUUUGCGGCACUAUUCUAUGUUCAACCUUGCGCAAGAAGGGGUUCGGAUUCAAUCUGGACAGUUGAGCAAAUUUGCCAUGGAACUUACCAUCAUGUGUAACAGAGAUGAAUUUGAUGAGGUUCGAUACAUUGGCUUCAGUCUUGGUUCUGCAGACUGGGCAGUGCUUUUUUGGCCUCUUCAACGCUUCUCUGAUGGCUCCGGCAAAGACCUCUUUUACUUAGACCCAGCGGGUACAGCCGAGUGGAAGUUCUUGCUCAGUCCUCAACGGUGGCAGGUUGUGGAUCAUGAGGUGGUGGUUGAAAGUGGCAAGAUCUUCAUGGCACCAACUACUUCGCAGCCGCUUUUGAAAGCAUUUUUUGGAAACAUGCAAUGUCAAAAGUCAGUGACAAUACCAGACAUGGCUUUGCUUGCUGAAGUGUUGACCAUGCCGGAAGAGCUCUUCAAUGUCAAGCGUAUGCGACGCGAUCAGCUGUUGCACGCUCUUGUAGACAAAAUUGGGGCCAACGAUGAGCCGUGGGUCAAAAAAACAAAGGAACUCAUGCAGACUCCCAUAAAAAGGAAAAACAUCGGUGAUGUGCUUGACGAGCUGGUUCUUUCAGAAAUGCCAUUGGAGGAGCAGCGUGAGUUUAGAGAAGUAGCAGAGGAGAUCCAGUCCAAGAAACAAACCGGCUGGUCGAUUGUAGAACAAAAGUGGCGCGCCAAAAGCAAAGCAAAGGCUAAAGCAAAAGCAAAGCCCAAAGCAAAGUCUCAUAUGUGGGGGGCUCGAAAGCGGAGGCGUACUUCAAAUGUUGAUGUUGUUCCACCAAUUGAAGAUGCACCUUCGUCCGCUGCUCCAGUUGUUGAACCUGAGCGCUCAGCGGCUUCUGUGCAGCCAAUGCAACCUGCCCCAGUUCCAGCUCCAGCAGUGAUGGACACUGAAGCCGCUGCCUCUCUUCCCCUUCAUCUUGAAAUUCCACUUGCGCCUGUUGAAGCAGCCCCAGAAGUAAACGAUGCAGCUGUGCUCGAUGGUGCCCCUCAACCUCCAGCUGCGGGAGCAGCCCCAGGUGAUGCUCGGCCUGACCCUGCACCUCGUGGGCCAAGAGCCGCUGGCCGUGGAUUUAUCAACGUGUGGACAGAUGUGCAGUGCUCGAGUUGCUCCAGUGUUGCAGGCCAGAUUAAGUUGGAUCCCUUUCCGGGAUCUCGGGAUGCACCUACAUGGUUCAUGCGCAUCAAGCAAGCCGAUGGCUCAUGGGCGAGUAAGUUUCCAGGCUUUAGGAGGAGGACCACGCAUGUGAUCGGAGAGAGUGAGGACUUCCCGGUGAGGUGGGUCCAGGAGAACCGGACCUGCUGCCCCCCCCCUUGA